AUGGCCCCUGCCAGCCGGGCUGUUGUUGUGGUCGCGCUCUCGUUGCUGUACCUCUGCCGGACCGUCUUCUCCUCCGAGUAUUUCUCCACUCUCACUUUGUUCAACAAUGAGCUCCACAAGCAGGGAUGCAGCUCGCUGUCCGAGUGGGAAGAAUACGCGGCCGACUGCGAGUCGUCCAUUUUACAGUUGGAAGACCCAGACUGUGAGGAAGGAAGCAACCCCCCCUGCGAAUCAGUCUUCUCACUUAAUGCAGAGAAGAUCCUGAACCAGGCCAAGUUGUUUAUAGAACAGAAAAAAAUCCCCUUUCCUGUAGAUAACCACAACACAAACGAAGAACUUGCCAUAGGCUACGUUCUGAUCGGCAACGGCCUUUAUGACGAAGCCAUCAAACACUUCUCACUCUUACUACAGGGAGACCCAGAGCUAGUCAGUGCCAUCUAUGGGCGAGGGAUAGCGUACGGCAAGAAAAGUCUACAGGAUAUAAAGAAUGCUGACUUGGCGUUGUUCGAGCUCAACAGAGUCAUCACCCUGGAGCCCAGCUGGCCGGAGGUCUACGAGCAGAGGGCAGAGAUCCUGUCUCCUCUGGGUCGCAUCAGCGAGGCUCUGAAUGAUCUGACCAAAGCCAUCCAGCUGCAGCCCUCAGCCCGUCUCUACAGACACAGAGGAACACUGCUCUUCAUUUCAGAGGACUACGUGGCAGCUAUGGAAGACUUCCAGCAGUCUUUGGAGCUGAAGAAGAAUCAACCCAUCGCCAUGCUGUACAAAGGCCUCACCUUCUUCCACAGAGGAAUGCUCAAAGAAGCCAUAGAGACAUUCAAAGAGGCACUGAAGUUGAAGUCUGACUUCAUAGAUGCCUAUAAGAGCCUUGGACAGGCCUACAGAGAGCUGGGCGAUUUUGAGUCGGCGAUGGAGAGCUUCCAGAAAGCCCUCAUGUUGGACCAGAACCACAUCCAGUCUCUCCAGCUGCGCGGCAUGAUGCUGUACCACCACGGCUCGCUGCAGGAGGCCAUAGGCAACUUUAAGAGGUGUCUCCAGUUGGAACCCUACAACGAGGUGUGUCAGUACAUGAAGGGGUUGAGUCACGUGGCAAUGGGACAGUUCUACGAGGGCAUCAAAGCGCAGACUAAAGUCAUGUUGAAUGACCCUCUGCUGGGGCAGAAGGCCAGCUCCGAAUACCUCAAAGUCAAAUAUCUCAGAGAGUACUCUCGCUACCUGCACUCGCACCUUGAUAUCCCUGUAGCGGAGUACAACGUGGACCUGGACUUACCAGGGAACUUUAAGAACCACUGGGCCAAGAACCUGCCGUUUCUAAUAGAAGAUUAUGAAGAACAGCCGGGCCUGCAGCCUCAUAUCAAGGACGUGCUGCCGCAAAACUUCGACAGCUACAGCAGCGAAGUCCAGAAGCUGAUCUGCUCGGCCGACCACCUGGGGGCGCUAAUGCAGUACGACACACCGGGUUUCUUACCCAACAGGAGAAUACACAGAGCCAUGGGUUUAGCGACCCUGGAGGUGAUGCAGGCCAUGCAUCGAACAUGGAGCAACUCCAAAGUGCGAGUCAACGGCAAGACCAGACAAAUGCAGUGGAGGGACAUGUUCGAUAUAGCGGUGAAAUGGAGGAGGAUCGCGGAUCCAGACCAGCCGGUCCUGUGGUUGGACCAGAUGCCUGCCAGGAGUCUCAGUCGAGGCUUCAACAAUCACAUUAAUCUCAUCAGGGGACAGAUUAUCAACAUCAGGUAUCUGGCAUACUUCAACAACAUCCUCGACUUCAUCAAAGACAGAAUACUGGUGUACCAUGGGGCGUACAACCCACGAGGACUCUUAGAGGUCCGUCAGGCUCUUGAAAAUGUGAAUAAAGUAGAAGAUCUUCUUCCUAUAAUGAAGCAGUUCAAUAGUAAAACCAGAGAUGGCUUCACGGUGAACUCCAAGGUGCCGAGCAUGAAGGAUCUUGGGAAAGAGUACGACGGUUUUACCAUCACGAUCACUGGGGACAGGGUGGGCAACAUGUUAUUCUCUGUAGAGACUCAGACGACAGAAGAGCGGACGCAGCAGUACCAGUCUGAGAUAGAGGCCAUCUACAAAGACCUCACCGCCAAAGGAAAGGCUUUAAUGCUGUCCACUGAACUCGGGGAUGCAGAUGCUGUGUGCAACCUGAUCCUAUCAUUAGUGUAUUACUUCUGCAACCUCAUGCCCCUCUCCAGAGGAUCCAGUGUGGUGGCCUACUCUGUUGUGAUGGGUGCGCUGAUGGCCAGUGGGAAAGAGGUCAUCGGAAGGAUCCCCAAAGGAAAGCUGGUGGAUUUUGACGCCAGGACUACACCCAGUCCAGACAGCUUCAGUAAAACCUCCAAGAACUGCCUGAAUCUCAAGAGUUUACCAAGUUGGUACCAGAGUCUUCCCUCCGUAGCUGAGACCUUCCCGUCCUCCAGAACGAUGAUCGAGGUUCUCAACACGGACUCGUCUUCGCACUGUCCAAAGAAGUCCUAACACACCUUCUGUGGGGGGGGGAAUCAGUUUAAGUAUUUUACAUUGGGGAGAACGAAGGCGCCGUCGUCUCGUGCACCCCAAACCAAACUGGAUUGAUUCAUGCUCCUUGGCUCUAAUGGUGGCCGUUUAAAUUUUAAAUUAGAAAGGACUGAGAGGAUAUUGAUCCAAAUUCAAAACAUAAUUUCAAAUAGUCUUUUUGGGGAGAGUUUUAUUAGUUCUUGGGAAAGCUGACCUUACUUUGGUAUCAAGUUCUCUGCCAUCCUUCAAACACAAGUUAGAAUUCUUGCACCGCCUGCUGGUUUAAAAUGCAGCGCAGGCCAAUGGUGUCACAAGUCAACUGGGAACAUCAAGCCAGAUUUGUUUCUUUUUCAAUUAGAAUUUCCCUUCACAGAAUACAUGUAGUCGUGUUCAAUCAUUUGAAUUGUACUUUUUGUUCAAGUACAGAAAAUACCAACUUUUUUUGGUGCUUCCACACCCAGAAAGAUGACAGAGAAUAAAAGCAUUAGCGUUUGGGAAGCAGACGCGAUUCGGUCCACCUUCUUUUUCUGUUUCAUAGGCCUCAUCAAACCGGGAACACACGAAAGCACACAGUCCUCAAUCUCCUCAGCCUCUUUUUGUGAAGUAGAAGUUCUUAGAGAUUUCAGUUAAUUUAUAAUUUGAUUAACAGAAAACGGUCUGAUUUUUUUUAAGUGACUGACCAAGCACAAAUAUCAGAUUUAUUCUUUUUGUCCUGAGUUUUAUCUCGUUUUUAAUUGAAAUAGAUUUGGGACAAAAUAAAAUUGAACCAGGCUCCUCAAAAAUUAUAUAAAGUAUUUAUUUAUGUAAAGAUGAUAACUUGUAGGUUUAUGAAAAGAAAAAAUUGUGAUAUUGUAUGGAUUCAUUUCUACAAAUUGAAAUGGAUCAUUUCAUUUAAACUUAAAAAUGGCAUAAGCAGCCAAAUUCAGUUUUAACAGUAAUCAUCCAUGCGGUUGUUUUAUAGAACUUGAUUAGUUGAAAUUGUACCUUUUUUUUUUUUUAAACAUUGGUAAAAACCAAAACCAAACGGAAAGACUUCUGAAUGUUCUGACAGUUGGAUCUUUUUAAGGAUAUAGAUGGGAGUGGAAAGACACUCCACACAGUUUUUGUCUUCCUAUUAUUCGUUUAGUCCGCAUCAUCUCUGGAGUUUCUUUCAAAUACUGUCCCUACAUAUGUGACCGAGUUGAUUCUGAAGUUUACAGACCUCUUCAUAGAACCUGGUCAGAAAAAAAAAAUGGAAAAUAAAACAUCCUCCUCUGAAAAAUGAAAGAAUUCUGCAGUAGUUCUUAAUUGAAUCACCAGUUUGUUUUCCUCAUUUAAUUAUAUCAACAGUACAAAUACAAACUAAUUAUUCCGUUCAAGGGCACAUCUGAUUUAUUUCCUGCAUUGCUGGCAGUCUGCUUUCUGUCACUUGUUCAUCUUCAUGAUUGGGAGACCUAGUCAUUAAGUGCUUUGGUGGAAUCUUGAAGCUUAAAACUUGAAGGAGGAUUUUUUUUUUUAUUGAAUUAAUGUUCAGCAGUCAAUAAAUUUGGUUGACAAUUUUAA